CCUCGGAAGAAGACAUUUGAGUGAGAAAUAAGUAUCGCAGAAACGUGAUGGUUUGAAGCCGAAGGGCGUCUAAAUUGUAGUAUUAUUAUUCAUUGUGUUUUAUCAAAAUGUCCAAACUACAGCUGUUGAAUGUGUUUAUCACCGAGCGGCUAAUAUCUGCGGCUGUUGAUAUAUUUGGUUCGUCGGAAAAGACGUUAGCAGAGUACCAGGAGCGGCUAACAACAGCGGCAUUUGAGAUAUUUGUUGUGGUGGAAAAGACGAUCGCAGAGUUUCAGGGAGAAAACGAUCGUCUACGGGAUCUUCUUCUGGGUCAUUUUGGUGCAGAGCCCCAGCAGCUAACUCUCCCUGAAGAGGAGGUGUCCCCUAAGCAGCAGCAGCAGCAUUGUGAACAGGAGUGGAACCCCAGUCCAGGGCAGGAGGACCCAGAGCCCACACAGAUUACAGAGGAACAGGAGGAACUCAGGACCAGUCAGGAGGAAGAGCAGCUUCAAAGACUUAGGUCUGCUACCACAGAGGUUGUACAAUUGAUAUUUAUUCCUCCCUGUGUGGAAAGUGACUGUGACCAGGACAGCAAGACGGACUCUCUACCCGGCAACACAACUGAACAGACCCAAUCAGCAUUGGAUGACGAGGAUUACAGAGUAUCACAACUAACCAGUCACUUUCAUCCCCUCUCUGCAGUAAAUCCACACUGUUCUUCUGCUCUGAGUGAAAUCAUUGUAAGUAUUGAUGAAGACGAGAGUGAAGAACUACCGUCAAGGUCAAAGAAAAAACAAAGCUCUCAAGUCUGCACUAAGGCCAAGACAACCAGUGAGCUGAAAGCAUCUUUAAAGUCUCACACAAGCAGGAGACCAUACAAGUGUUAUUUCUGUCAUAAAAGCUUUAUCUCAUUAAUCAGUCUUAAACUACACCAUAAAGGUGCGAAAGAGAGACGACAGAAAUUUCUUGCGUGCUGUAAAUCCUUUCAUAGCACAGCUUCUUUAAAAUAUCAUCAGGUAAUUCACACAGGGAAGAAAUCACUUAAGUGCCAAAAAGGUGGCAGAUCAGUCAGAUGCAAGUACUACUUCAACAAGCAUAUGAGGACUACUCACCCAGGUGCCAAGACAUACAGCUGUCCUGUGUGCAGUAAAGGCUUUAGGAAACCAUGCAGUCUAAAGGAACACCAGAUGCUUCAUGGUGAGAAACCCAAUCAGUCUUCUGUGUCCAGUACAGACUUUAACACCUUACCCAAUUAUAAAGUACAUCAGAGCACUCGCACAGGAGAGAAAUCGUUUAACUGUCCUGUGUGCAUUAAAAGCUUCGCUAGUGCAAGUCUUUUAAAAAUACACCAGAUAUAUCACACAGGGGAGAAAUCACAUAAGUGCAAAGAAUGUGACAAAUGCUUCUAUCACAAGGGACAUCUGGUCAGGCAUAUGAUGACUCACACAGGGGAGAAACUUUAUAAGUGCUCUGUAUGUGAAAAAAGCUUUAUAUCAUUCUCUGCUCUAAAAAAACACGGUGAAAUCGAAGAUGACCCUUGUCAUCAUGAAGUUUGUGGCAAAAGCGUCAUGUGGAAGGGAAGCUUGACAGAACACUUGAGUAUGCACACAGGGGAGAAAUCAUCUAAGCGCCUUGUAUAUGAAAAAGGCCUCACAUCAUCAAGUGUUCUUAAACGCCACCAGUUGGAUCGCUGUGGAGGGAAACCAGAAGAGAAUCAAUCAGAGAAAGAGUCGUAUCUCUGCAGCGACUGUGGCAAAAGCUUCCGAACCAUCAGUUACCUGAGGGUGCAUAUGAAGACUCACAGAGAGAGAGAGCUGCAUAAAUGUCCUGUAUGUGGAAAGUGUUUCACGUCAUCGGCUUAUUUCAAACUCCACCAGCGAAUCCACACCGGAGAGAAACAGCAUCAGUGCUUCACUCUGAGUGGACACCUGACGGAACACAUGAGGACUCACACAGGGGAGAAAUCAUUUAAGUGUCCUGUAUGCGGGAAAAGUUUUACAUCUUCAAGUGUUCUAAAACGCCACCAGCAGAAUCACUGUGGAAAGACUGCAAAAGAGAAGCAAUCUGAGGAAACGUCGUAUCUCUGCAGCGACUGUGGCAAAAGCUUCAGAACUAUGAGUUACCUGAGGGUGCAUAUGAAGACUCACAGAGAGAGAGAGCUGCAUAAAUGUCCUGUAUGUGGAAAAGGCUUCAGGUGGGCCUCUUCGCUAAAAAUCCAUCAGAGAAUUCACACAGGAGAGAAACCUUUUCUGUGCACGGUUUGUAGCAAAACCUUCACCUGGAAGGGAACCCUAAUAGAACACAUGAAGAAUCACACAGGGGAGAAAUCACAUCAGUGCCACAUCUGCAGCAAACGGUUUGUUUAUAGCAGAAGCCUGUCUCGUCAUAUGAUGUCUCACACAGGGGAGAAACCUUUUAAGUGUCCUGUAUGUGGGAUAUGCUGUACAACAUCAAGUCUUCUAAAAUGCCACCAGCGAAUUCACACCGGAGUGAAACCAUAUCUGUGUAACAUUUGUAGCAAACAAUUCACUUGGAAGGGAGGUCUGACACAACAUAUGAAAAGUCACACAGGUGAGAGACCUUAUAAGUGCCCUGUGUGUGAAAAAGGCUUUAUAACGUCUGGUGAUCUGACACGCCACACACGAGUUCACACGGGAGAGAAACCAUUUCGCUGCAAUGAUUGUAACAAAUGCUUUAGUCAGAUCAGUUCCCUUAAAUCACACAUGAAGAAUAUUCACUAGAGAGAGAGAGAACACGUAACAGUAUAAAAUGUGUCAGUCCCAAGGAUGAAAGGUCCAUUCUAAUUGAUACCGGUAAGGGCAAAACAUAUCAUGGUUGAAAGGAAUGACUGAACUUGUACUAGAACAUUGUCUAUAACCUACACUGAGUGUACAAAAAAUUAAGAACACCUUCCUAAUAUUGAGUUUUCCCCCUCAGAACAGCCUCAAUU